AUGGGAAGUAAAAAACACAAGAAACAUCAUAGAUCGGAGAAAAAAGAAGCCAUAUACGAAGAUUUCAGCUAUGGAUAUGUAACAAAUACAAAGAUAAAGUUUGUGAUCAUAAUAGAAUCAUCUCAUAUUACCUUAAGAGAUAAUGAGAUACGUCAAAUGUUUCGCAGGCUUCAUGGUGCCUACACAGACAUGGUGUGCAAUCCUUUCUACAUUCCAGGAACUUCUAUAACAUCUACAUCAUUUGAAAACAUUGUCAAAAGUAUCAUGAAUCAAGAUUAA